UCAAAAUAGUAUACACAUUCAUUACUUGAAAACGAAAUGAACAGUCAUUUACAUUUUUACCUUUUCAAGCUUGCAGAAGAAAAUUGAUAGUGGCUGACUUCAUGCCUUGUAUUUGCUCCCGUGUGUUGCUGUGAAUGGUUUUGUCGUUCCACUGACUCUGUGGAUGGUUUCUAUCGCGAGCUGACUUGCUGGCUUUUCCCGCGUGGUAGCAUGCCUCAAAGGCACCGAAGAAGUAGUCAGGAUCGUCCAGUGGACCUAAGACCGACUUUCCAUUGCUGUCCAAGUUGCGAAAGACCCUACUCUGUGUCAUGUAACGUUAGUCAAGAUUCAGGCCCACGCUCAAGGCUCCCCUUGUUGUUGCCGUGUGGCCAUGACUUGUGUGAAGUUUGCAUCCGAGCGUGCCUGGCUGGACAGGGCCGAUUUAAGCCAUCCCGCCAUGGCUUCGUCAUAUGUCCAUUCUGCCGCGACGAAACAGCGUUUGAAGAUGGUGUCAAAAGCAUUCACUAUCUCAAUUGUGAUUGCUAUGUGACUGGGCACAUCGCCAUGCAACAGGACAACAAAGCAAGGAGGAGAAGUUCACCAUCUGACGAGACGACAGUGAAGAAGUGGUAUGGCCCUGGUGGAUUGAGCCUGCAGAUCUCAGAACGGGAGAAUGUCUUCAAUCGGCUUGCCAGGUUUUCUGACGUCAAGCUUUCUGACCCGCCAUCUUCCGAGUCGCACUCUGCGUCUCACCGCCAUCCGUGCAUAGAGUGUGAAGGCGAAUCGACAGCCUGCUGUGAAGUGUGCGAUGCCACCUACUGUGAUCCGUGUUUCGAUGAGAUCCACGAGCCGUUCAAUAUGGCCAACAGCAAGCACAAGCGUCUUCCACUCGAGCUCAGAGGUCUGAGCAGCAUUUUCUGUGCGGAGCAUCCCGGAACCAAUGUGGAGUUGUACUGUUGCGAUGAUAACCUGCCUGUUUGUGUCAUGUGCAUUGCCAACCUGGGCGCCUCUCAGAGCAAACAUUUUGACCACAACGUCGUCCCAAUCCAAACACAGCUCCCAAAGAUGCGUGAAGAGGUUGCUGCUAUGGAGAAAGACUUGGAGAUACACACCCGAAGUCUGUCUGAUGCCUUGUCGCAAACUUCGUCGACUCUAAAAGAUCUUAGGGAGUCCAGUCUGACUGUGAUGGAGAAUAUCCACAAAAAUUUUGUCCAGCUUCACCGUUGCCUUCAGAAAAGAGAAGAAGAGCUACUUAGCGAAGCACAUGACAUGGUCCAGCGACAGGCUGAUCCGGUGUUGGAUGCACGCUUGGUGUUGGAUAAGAAAAUAAAGGAUGCUGUCCGGGCAAGAGAAUGGUGCAAUCGUGCUGCAAGAACAGACGAUGAAGCAGUGCUAAGGAAGGCCUUCGUGUUUUCCAAGCAACAGAUUGGCGACCGCAAGACUGCCCAGGCUGUGUUCAGUGAAGACACCACCUACCCCUUUAGGUUCUCGAUUGAUGAGGACUUCCAUCACGUUCUGUCUUCGGCUGCUGACUUAUCAGGUGGUACAACACCCCGUGUCUCGGUGGUGGCAGUCGCAUUGGAUGAUGCCGUUGAUCCCAGCACGGGUCAGAAAUAUGUUUCUUCUCACUUCAGCUCCAGUAGCGGUUGUAGCAGCAAUACUGGCAGUGCCACAAAGGAAGAAACCACUGUUGUUGGUGCUGCUGAUAUUGCAGUGAACAAUCAUUCAGACAGCCAAGGACGCACUGAGGAGAUGGCUGCUGAAAUGCAGCGGUCGGCCUUGGAUGAUUUGGAGGGUUUGGACCGUGAUAACUCCAGCGAGAAGAAUGGCAACGUUGAGGAUGAGUGCAUUGAAUCGGCACUAUCGCCAUUGCCAGAUCUUUCGCCUAGCGUGGAAGAAAGCAUGCAAUCAGUUGGUGCAGUCACUCCUCCGCUGGCUUUGUCUGCAGCGGCGGCUCGCGCACAUCAUUAUGCACUACCAACAGACCCUGUCCAGGACAAGCGGGGUAUCAGUAGCCAACCGGCAGCCCAGGACGACUCAAUGCCACCACUGCUUACACUACAGCAGCCCGCCGCUGUAAAGACAGAAGCGACCGGUGCCAGUGCGUCCGAAAGUCUGCACGAUGCCCUUCGCUGUCACCUUGCCAACAUGCAGAACCCAGCCCAGCAAUCGCGUGGUGUAGACCUGCUGCAUUCAACCAAGACCAAGGUGGAGGUCUCCAUGCCAUCGUCCUUCCAUAACAACUGGACUCCGCGCACCGCCCCCGCACCUAGCCAGCCGCCGCCAGAACCAGCGACGAAAGCGGAGACUAGCCAGGGCUCCAGCAGGGCCACCUCCAUACCGGCAAGUGUGCGUAAAUUGGUGGAUGGAGAGGUUAUUGUUACCUACGUCGGUGACCCCAGCACUUUUGCAGUGCAGUAUGUAGAGGACCGCAAGCGCAUCGACGAGAUGAACCUUGCCAUAUCUCGUCAGGUGGGACGCAGUGACCUACCGAUUUCUAAUGCUGAAGGUGACAAGGUGUGCAGUUUCUGUCCGAGGAAAGGACAGUGGAGGCGCGCCGUUGUACGACCGCCCAGCGCUGCAGCACGCCUGGGCCUGCAACCUUCUGGUGUUGAUUCAGGCCUGACGCUGGUGGAAUAUGUCGACUUUGGAGGUGGUGCUUGGGUCAAGUGUGCAAAAUUGCUUCCUCCUGAGCUUCGUACAUGCCCACCUAUGGCUUACCAGUGCAGUCUUGCUGGAAUAGAGCCAGUGCAGUCCAAGAAGGGACCAAAGGGUGAUAGUUGGCCAAAGGAAGUUGUGGAGGCUUUUCACGCGUUGGCGUAUGAGAAGAAAUUCUUUGUCAAGGUUGUGGAUAGUAGUCGUGGCCAGCGGCACCUUGUUGACCUGCGAGGCAUCACCCGCGAUUCAACUCCAUCUGUUGUGGACGCCCUUGUGUACUCGAAACACGCCCGGUUUGCAAAGGGAGCACCACAACAGGCGGCGCCAAAGCCAACACCUGAUCUAGGUAUGCUAGAGCUUCCCACCCUACGACUGCUAGCUGACACCUUGUGUGAUGUGCAAGUGUCGUGUGCUACAUCACCUGCUGACUUCUACGUCCAGCUGCUUGAGAAUUCGGCUAUUAUCCAGCGAAUGACAGAGAAACUCACUGCCAAAUUUUCCAAUCUGUUACCAAACAAGCAAGCACCUCAUGCCUUUCCGGGGUCGUUCUGCUGUGUGCAAUAUAGUGUGGACGCUCAAUGGUAUAGAGGCAAAAUUCUCGAUCUGACCGGAAAGCACCACGCUACAGUCCAGUUUGUCGACUAUGGGAACUGUGAGGAGGUGAAGCUCACAAAACUCUACCAUAUCCCACCAGAGUACCAGAAACUGCCCUGCCAGGCUCUACACUGCUGUCUGCCAGAUCUCGUUCCCGCAAGAGGUGCUGUGACGUGGCCAUCUCGGGCUGGUGAGAAAUUGGAAAGUUGCUGUCAGAACGGCUGUGUGCUUCAGGUGACGGACGCCGUACUGGAUACCGGCUGUACACCAGUGAGUCUGGUGGAUACACAGUCUGACCAUGAUGUGAUCAUCUCCGAUGAAUUAGUGCGACUGGGAGUAGCAUCGUAUGGAUCAACUUAUGAUGAGAGUGUUCACUACCAGUCAUCUCCCCCUUCUCCGCAUAAGCCAUGGCAGCAGCAGCAUCAGCAUCAGAAGCCAUGGCAGCAGCAGCAGCAGGACCAGGACCCCAUGAAGUCAGAGUUGAGCACGGCCUUUGCUUCAAUGGAUGCGUCUGAUGAUAUCGUGUACUCUGCGAAUGAGCAUGGCCGUCGACUUGCUGCUACAGUGGAUAGCUCUGUGGAAGCAACGCGCAUGUCUCACCCAGCAUCAACACCAGCACCUGGACUGUGCCAGCACGAGCAGUCGCCCAAGGCCUUAUCUAAGCGGCCUGCCUACGACGUGUAUGACCUUCCACCAACCCGGCCACCGGGAACAACUCCACCCAGACCAAUGGGCGAUUUCCAAGACAGAAGCACCACAGCAGACUUGCACCAAUCGCCUAGCAAGCGCCCGUCACACUUUUCCUCUGCCGAUAGGCAACAGAUGAGAGCUUCUACCAGGUCCAGUGGCCCUCCUGCUCCUAUUGCUGCUGCUACUGCUGCUGCUGCGUCAAGCAACAUGGGUGCAACUCACACAGCUGGCAGAUCUUCAGCCGCAACUCAUCUUGACUUCACAGCCAGAGUCAACUCCUCUGUUCGCUCCAAGCCCAGACCGAGUGACUUCCGCAUUGGAGGUGCUGAAGAUGAAUAUGAUGAUAAUGACAGUGAUGAUGGUCCUGAGGAACACCAAGGAACUCAGCAAAGACCCCCGUUAAGCAAUGCAGCGCCGUCCCAGCGAGCCAUUACAGCUGAGGACAUCCAGCGUAUGCAGGAAGAGAAGCAGCAGCGUCACGACGAACAGUUUGCACUUGAACAGAGCCUCAUUCGCUCUGGCCAGCGCAAGGUCGCUGAGCAGGCCGUCAAAGAGGCCAGCGGUGAUGACAAUGAUGAGAAUAAUGAUGACAUCGACAACGAUAGUACAGAUAGCGACGAUGAUGAUAUUUCACUGUGGGCGUCGGAUAUUGCGCCGCGUGCACCGUUUACAACUUUCCUCUCCAAACGGACCGUGACGGUAACUGUCAUUGAAAACCCAUCUCAGUUCUAUGUCCAUGUCGAAGGGCAUGACUUUGCAGAGAAGUUCGGCAGAAUCAUGACAUCGGUAGAAGUGCACUGUCAGCAGACACAGCCCAUGCAUGCCGAGUUCUGGAAGGCGGGGGGAGUGUGCUGUGCCAUGUACAGCGAGGAUUGUGUCUGGUAUCGUGGCCGCAUCACCAAACUAUUCCCAGACUCCCGGGAAGCCGAGAUAUUCUUUGUUGAUUAUGGCAACAGAGAAGUAGUUGGUUUUGACGACUUGAGGCCAUUGACUCAUUCGUUGAGUAUUAUGCCGCAGCUGGCUACCCGCUGCCACCUCACCAAGCUGAUUCCUUACCAAGAAGGUAUCGCCAAGGAUGAGCUGGAAGGACAGUCUUCUACGAAUGGAAGUCAACUGAGAUGGUCUAAGGCUGCCAACGACGUCUUCUUUGAGCUCACCUCCAACCCAGAACUGAAGAUUGAUGUGAUGGGUCGAAGCGUCAAGGGCUCUAUACCGUGUGACGUUCUCUAUUGGAAUGGUGUUCUGGUGGACCAGGCCACAUCGAUGCCUGAAUACAAAAGUGCAUCGAAUGGUCUCAUCGAGGCUGGGCUGGCUGCUCCAUUUUCAAAGAGUGUGCAGUACACGGCUAAUGAGCCAUCAGAAAUACUUGCGGUCACCCCUCCGCCGGAAGUCUUCAGUCCACAGGUUUCUGCCAACCGCUAUCUGCCCCCCGACCUGCCCAGGUCAGCAGAAUUCUACACCUUUGUGAGAUACGUCGACGGAACGGGCUGCAUCUAUGGCAACUUGGUCGGCACUCGAGAUCAACCGGACGAUCAUAGGUACCGGAUAAUUGAGAAAUCGCUGCAAACGUACAUGAGUAAGCCUGUCAACAGGCUGCGGCCAGAAGCGGUGGUGGAGCUGGGUCAGCCCGGUUGUUUCCUUUCAAUGGAUACCCGCUGGUACCGCUGUCAUGUUACUGCCAUCAUGGGUCAUGACGAAAUUGAGGUAUACCUGGUGGAUCAUGGACGCACAGAAUUGAUCAGCAUAUCAAAGUUCAGUCCGUACCUCCAUCGACAUGACAUUCCUCAGCUGGCCAUCAAGUUCUACAUCAGGAACCUUCUUCCUGCACCCCCAGGCUAUGUGUGGCCAGAGGAGCCUGCCAACAUUUUGGAGGAAACCGUCCUUGAGCAGAAGCUGAGCAGCAGGUUUGUGGCUGCAGCCGAGGGCUAUAAGCCUGCAUGCUUUGACAUGAACUUGCGCUCCGGAGUAAACGUUUUCAAGCUCAUGGCGGCCAAGAAGAUGAAGGAUAUUCCGUUCCUGUCCGCUAAGGACCUGGAAACUGUCGACAAGGUGGGAGAGAAGGAUGAGCUGGCUGUGGUCGCUACGGACCCAGCUAGUUUAGAAAGUGGUGGCUGCUCUGCUGACUCCCACAUCUCGUCACGGCACCCUCCAUCGCGGACGAUGUGCGGCAACUUUCCAGCCCUGCGCGCACCAGCCGACUACGCUGUUAGCAUGAUGUCCACACCUCACCCCUCCCAGCUGCCACAGCCCAGCGAGCACUUCUUCACUGGUGCAGAUACAAGUGUCCGUGCUGGUGCUGAUGUUACUGUUACCCAUGAUGCUGGUGAUGCUAAUGGUGGUCACAGUGGCUCUCCCACACACACCGCCAAUCUUGUAACGCUUCCAAACGGCUUGGUGUCACCUGAUGACCUGGUUUCAUCAGGCACCUUAGUGUCACCAAGCGACUUUGUGUCGUCGGCUAGCUUAGUGUCACCAAGCGACUUUGUGUCAUCAGCUAGCUUAGUCUCGCCAAAGGACUUAGUGUCAUCAAAGGACUUAGUGUCACCAAAGGACUUAGUGUCGCCAAGGGAUUUCCAAGUGCCUGAUCCAGUAGUUCCCUCAGCGUCUGACGAGGUCUUCCCUCAACAUUCACCUGUCGGUGUCUCCUGGAUGCGUCCGGAUCAUGUUGUGCGACGCAGUGCAGGCAGCACACCGGUAGGAUCAUACCGUGUGCUCUCGCCCAAGAUCUUUCCCAUUGGCAGCGAAUGGACGGUCACCAUUGGCAACGUUGUAUCGCCAGACUCUCUGGACCUGCAACCAGUUGCGUGUGUGGGGAGAGCAGUCGGAGAGGAUAUCGCCAGGAACAUGCAGUACCUUAGUAAACUGCAGGAGACCGUUGGCAAUGUGAUCAAGCUUAUGAACUCGGCUGAGUCAGAGCUGCGAACAUCUCCUCGCCUGGCCUCUGUUACUAUCGGUCAAGCGUGUGCGGUGUUGGCGCAGCAAGAUCAGACCUGGCACCGGGCAUGCGUCUUGGCUGUGUUGCCGGAUAGUCAGAUCCAUGUGCAACUUGUGGACUAUGCCAGCACCUUGACUGUACCCAUCAACCAGCUUUGUGAUAUGCCUGACAAGCUGACCCUGGUCCCUUGCUGGAUGCUAAUGGCUCGUGUUCAGGGCUUUCAACCGCUCGGAGAACUUCUGCCUGGCUCUCCACCACUGAUGAUGCCAGAUGGCCGAUGGACAGUGGAAGCUUUUGAACGCUUCAGAUCACUCACCACUGGGCGCACCAAUCAGUCACUUACGAUACGUGUCAUUGACAAUCGCCCGUCACAACUGGCCAUAGCAUUGUACUGUGACAACAUCAACAUUGCUGAGCAGGUGGCCAUAGAAGGUCUGGCUACCUACGUACCUCUAGCUCUGUGCCCUUGAGCUGCCGGGGCUGUGCUGGAUACUUGGCUGGCUUUCCUGUGUGCCAUGCUGAGUGAUUGGUUAAGUAUCCCGCCAUCAUGAUCCAGCAUGAUUACACUGUGCCAGUGGGUUCUGGUGGCUGUACGGUGUGCGAGUUGUAUGUAGAGGGAAGCGCUUAAUGAGAUGGUCAACACUUCAACCAUUGCGUGAUGUAAUGCGCCAGUGUUUUACAGAAGCAACAGCAGCUCCUGCGUAGGCCAGAGCCAACAGAUCUAGUGCCCCGUUUUAAUCUGUGCUUCGAAUGGUCCUUUUCUCCGUUCUGCUCCAAUUGCGUGUUCAACCAUAAGUAUUGCUUUCAAACAUACUCCCAACUGCAUUUUUUCCAGCUUUGCUCUUUUUUGUUCAAGUCCCAUCUUUGCUCCAGCUCGAACAGCAAAUUUGUGUUUCUGUGUGCAUGGUUGUUUUUAAAUUUUUACUCUUUUUGCUCCUAUGAUUGUUUUGAUACGUUUGGUGUAUUACGGUAUGUGGGAAGACCACCAGCAUGUGUACCUCGUUUGCCAGCCAUAUAUCUGAGUCAUCAUCUCCUGCUUUUUAAACUGUCAGAAAAGCAAAAGCUGCCUUAUAGAUUCUUCAACUGUCUGCACUCUUCUGAGAUGAUUACAUUCUUGACUACCCUUUUGAAGUGUUCUAGUCCAUCUCGUUUGUCCUGUAUGUUUGUUUUUGUCUUCUGUUGUCUCCGUUUGUCUGCUUUCUUUUAAAGUGGUGACAUAGUCAUUCUUCACUUGUCCACAUUCCAAAGCUGGUGACAUAAUCAUUAUACUGCUGCUGUUCUGACUACCCUUUUGAAGUGUUCUAGUCCAUCUUGUUUGUUUUGUAGUCUUCUGUUGUCCUGUAUGUUUUGUAUUGCCGCUGAUAUUGAUGUGCUGCAUGAUCGUAGUCGUUCUGCAGCUGUAUUAGGUUUCAGUUUUUCUUACUUGUGGUGCGUACUGUAUCCUUGUGCUGCCUGAUGCUCGCUCAGUGUGAAACUGUUACUUGGGCUGUUGCAACCGACCAUUCUGACAGUUCUGAA